AUGGCCUACCCGAACCCUGCCGACGAUGACUGGCUGUUGUCCAGUUUUAUCGACUUUGAUAACUUUGAUCCCAGCUCAGGCAACCCGUGGACCUCUACGGAUCCCUCAGAGCCAUCCAACACUGCGGGUGUCAACACCGAGUCAAAUGGGAGGUUAGAGAGCUACUUAGUACCAGAAGCAGUAGCCUCACGCCAGGCAAAGAAACGUCGACCAUGUCGUUUCACCAAGAAGCAGCGCGAGGUAAUGGAUCAAUGGAUCACGGCAGCGACAAACGAGCCGUACUUGACCGCUUCAAGCCGGAAGGAACUUGCUGAUGCAACAGGGUUGGCGCCCAAGCAAGUACAGCAAUACUUUACCAACUUUCGAAGGCGGCACCGACAGAAGUUAGGUCAGAUCUACGAUCCGCCUUUCGUCCUCCAAGACCGACCCUUGACGACUUCGUGGCAGACUGGGUUCGAAGGUACCAUUGAUCGAACGUGCGAGGAGGCCGACAAAGUCUCCGGGCAUGACGUAGAUUCUGAUGGGCCAGGAUUAUCGAUUGAAGCACGACCUCCCAGUCGUCGCUCAUGCCAAUCUUCCAGCAGUGCUGACUCUGCGCUCUCUUACACGGACGUCUGCGGCAGCGCAGCAGCACUGCAUCAAGCGAACUCAGCAGAAGCUUUUGCAACUUUCAACGGCACCUUGCUCGAGUUCUACUUGCUGACGGUGCACCAAAAUCAGGCCGCUUCUCCCCGGGAUAGUGCUGUGCCAGCUCUACUCGAACGCAACGAUCGCCCUACACACCUCACAAGCCCAAGCGAAAGUCCCACAAAGGCAGUUCAUGCGCUGACCGACACAAAUCCAUCCUCGCCGGAACUGAUUGGGCCUGAUGAGCCGUUAUCAGCGUCUGGCAGCAUCUUUUCUGGGCAUAGCUAUCAGCAUUCGACCGACAACAGUGUAGCGUCUACGAGCAGCGUCUUUUCGACAGGUUCAAGACGUGGUCGUCGUGUUUUCGGUUCUUCCAAUGCACGGGCAGCUGACUUCGACUCAGGCAAAGAGUUCCGCAAGGCCCGCGCACAAGACAUCUUCUCUCGGUACUGUAGAUUCCGCGGCAUGUUAACGAUGACGACGUGGCGUGAAGUGCUGAUCGAAGCGAGCUGUAAGAUUGUCAACAACUACUGGCUUUCGUACCCACACCCAGAAAUCGUUGUCGACACAGGUUCCGAGGCAGUCUCGAUGGCGGAUCGCAGCACAAUCAUAUCGCCGGCGGACAGCUUCGACUGCACCACGGCCAUGCAGGCACUCGAACUGCCGCUUUUCAAUGCAGGCUAG